CGAUGGUGGACAGCCCGACCUUGCACGACCGCUGCGCUGCGCUACAAGCCUCGGUGGCGGCACUGGACGAGACAACGUCGGACGCCCUAUGCAAGCUCGUCGACGAGUUGUCUGCGAUUGCGUCGGACGUAGCGACCAAGGAAGAAGCGCUGCGACUGCACGAAGCAGCGCUGCGAGAGCGAGAGGCACGCCUUGACGCCAAGCUCGAGCUGCUGGCAGAGCUCAAGGCCGACAACCAUCGACACGAAACAGACGCGGACACGGCCGUCGAUCAACUCCCCACGCACGCCAAGACGAUCACACUCAACGUCGGCGGCACGCUCUUCACGACAGCGCGCGAGACGCUGCUGCGGAUCCCAGGCAGCUACUUUGACGCAAUGCUCUCAUGUGAUCACUGGCUGCCAAAUGAAAAAGGCGAGUACUUUUUGGACCUGGACGCGAGUACGUUUGCGCGAGUGAUCAAGUACCUUCGCACGGGCACGCUCAACCUCAGUGGGCUCUCGAAUACGGACGAGGACGAGCUCCGCGAGAUGCUCGACUACCUCCAGAUCGAGUGGCCGCUGCCAGCGCCAUCCGCGCCGCCAGUGCCGGUGGAGACGCCGCGAUUGCAGUGGGACCCACUACACUGCACCGAGACCAUCACCCUGGAAAACGACUUUAUGGUCGCAAACACCAAAGCUGUGCGCGCAAAUGGCAUGGUGCUUGCCUCGAUGCCAGCGACGACCUUCGGAGUCCUCGUCCGUCUCGGGAGUAAUGUCGAAGUCGGGUUUCUGCCGUUGCACAAGUUUGCGUGUGUUCAAGACCCGCGCAAGACGCCGCCGGGCUGGUUCUUUCGCUGUACGAAUGGCACCGUGCGGUCGCAUACCGAGCCACGGGAGAUUCCUGUCAUUGCAGCGAAGCUGAUGAAUUUAAUUUUUCUCCAAGUGACGUGGCACAAGGACCAAGAACGCAUUUCGUUUGCUGUCGACGGCGUCCCUCUCGCUGCGGGGCUGCACAACGUCCCGAAAGAUGUCGCCUUGUACCCGUGUCUGCGCUUCGAUUCGAGCUGGGCGACUGUCAAGCUACUGCCUGUAUAACCUACAUAUACCGUACAUGGUCUAUG